GCGGGGCGGGCGAUGCUCCGGGCUCCCUGAGCCGCCGCACCGCGUCCCCGGCCGAGGUGCCCCGCGGAGCGGCGCGGUCGAGCGGCGGCUCCCCGGUCUGCCCCGUGUCCCCCUCCCCGCUGUCCCCACGCCGCGCGGAGGUCGCGCAGGAUGCCGCGGAGGGGAGCGGAGGCGCCGCUGGCCCUGCUGCUGGCGGCGGCGUGGCUGGCGCAGCCCCUGCGCGGCGGCUACCACGGCGUGAACAUGUUCGCCGUGCAGACCGCCCAGCCCGACCCCUGCUACGACGAGCACGGGCUGCCCCGCCGCUGCAUCCCCGACUUCGUCAACUCGGCCUUCGGGAAGGAGGUGAAGGUGUCCAGCACCUGCGGGAAGCCGCCGUCGCGGUACUGCGUGGUGACGGAGAAGGGCGAGGAGCAGGUCCGCACCUGCCACCUCUGCAACGCCUCCGACCCCAAGCGCGCCCACCCGCCCUCCUUCCUCACCGACCUCAACAACCCGCACAACCUGACCUGCUGGCAGUCCGACAGCUACGUCCAGUAUCCCCACAACGUCACCCUCACCCUGUCCCUCGGCAAGAAAUUCGAGGUGACCUACGUCAGCCUGCAGUUCUGCUCGCCGCGCCCCGAGUCCAUGGCCAUCCACAAGUCCAUGGACUACGGCAAGACCUGGGUGCCUUUCCAGUUCUACUCCACGCAGUGCCGCAAGAUGUACAACAAGCCGAGCCGCGCCGCCAUCACGAAGCAGAACGAGCAGGAGGCGGUGUGCACCGACUCGCACACCGACGUGCGGCCCCUCUCCGGCGGCCUCAUCGCCUUCAGCACCCUGGACGGCCGCCCCACCGCCCACGACUUCGACAACUCGCCCGUGCUGCAGGACUGGGUGACGGCCACCGACAUCAGGGUGACCUUCAGCCGCCUGCACACCUUCGGCGACGAGAGCGAGGACGACUCCGAGCUGGCCCGCGACUCCUACUUCUACGCCGUGUCCGACCUGCAGGUCGGCGGGCGCUGCAAGUGCAACGGGCACGCGUCGCGCUGCGUCCGGGACCGCGACGACAGCUUGGUGUGCGACUGCAAGCACAACACGGCCGGCCCCGAGUGCGACCGCUGCAAGCCCUUCCACUACGACCGGCCCUGGCAGCGAGCGACGGCCCGGGAGGCCAACGAGUGCGUGGCCUGCAACUGCAACCUGCACGCGCGGCGCUGCCGCUUCAACAUGGAGCUGUUCAAGCUGUCGGGGCGCAAGAGCGGCGGCGUGUGCCUCAACUGCCGGCACAACACGGCGGGCAGGCACUGCCACUACUGCAAGGAGGGCUUCUACCGCGACCUCAGCAAGCCCAUCUCCCACCGCAAGGCCUGCAAAGAGUGCGACUGUCACCCCGUGGGUGCCGCCGGCCAGACCUGCAACCAGACCACGGGCCAGUGUCCCUGCAAGGACGGCGUCACCGGCAUCACCUGCAACCGCUGCGCCAAGGGCUACCAGCAGAGCCGCUCCCCCAUCGCCCCCUGCAUAAAGAUCCCGGCUGCUCCCCCCACCACGGCCGCCAGCAGCGCGGAGGAGCCCGCAGAUUGUGACUCGUACUGCAAAGCCUCCAAGGGGAAGCUGAAGAUCAACAUGAAGAAGUACUGUAAGAAAGACUAUGCUGUCCAGAUCCACAUCCUGAAAGCAGAAAAGAACGCGGACUGGUGGAAGUUCACGGUGAACAUCAUCUCCGUCUACAAACAAGGCAGCAACCGGAUCCGGCGCGGAGACCAGAUCCUGUGGAUCCACUCCAAGGACAUCGCCUGCAAGUGCCCCAAAAUCAAGCCCAUGAAGAAGUAUUUGCUGCUGGGCAACAACGAGGACUCUCCCGACCAGAGCGGCAUCAUUGCGGACAAAACCAGCCUGGUGAUCCAGUGGCGGGACACGUGGGCCCGGCGGCUCCGGAAGUUCCAGCAGCGGGAGAAGAAGGGCAAGUGUAAGAAAGCCUAAAGGAGGAGGAGAGGGAGAGACUGACUGUGCAUGCUGC